GUCGAAAUGAGAAGAUAGGCUGCGUUUCAAAUUUGUUCACCUCAUAUGGGCUUUUAUUGUUUAAUGGCCACUCAAAUUUACACGAUCCGUCCUGUUAAAGCGAUGACGUCAUAUCGUGUCUCCACGACUUGAAAUUCACCGUCGAUGUUCGCGUGCUCCGGUUCUUGGAGGUGAGGAAUAUCAGGCGUGGAAGAGAGCUGAUGUGGGUCGACAUGCUUAUGGUCGAAAUACCUUUUGCUUAACCGAUUCACUACUCGCUCCAAUGUAGCUAUACAAACACGUCGAGUUUAUCAGUGAAACAACACUCUAUAGAGCUCCACAGUCUUCGCUUGCUUCAGACAUGAAUGUCUCCUACAGUACAAUCAACAUGGGCGUUAUAUGCAGCUCACCUACAUCUGCAACCUCUUCCUUUGACACUAUCUAACAGAGACGUACCAGCUAUUACAAAGAAGUUGGUUAAGAGUCUGAUACCGGCCACUGGAGUGGUUCAAGGGGCAGAGGAGGUCCCAUCAGUGACGACAUACCAGACGUUACCCAUGUCAUCAAUGGCUGCAGUAUGGGAGACCAUGAAGUUGGAAAAUCAAUGUUGGAUAGCCUCGGUUGGAGAAAAAACUCAGAACGCGCUGACCGGUGCUGGAAAAAUAUAAAACGAUCUCUCCAUGGUGUUAGCGUGACCACACUUGACGCUUACCUUACAGCUCACACACACACACAUGGGAGAUAAUCAACUGUCACCCAUACAACAGUAACGAACGAUGUUCAACGUGUUUUUAUUAUAAGCAAAUUACUAAAUUUGUUUACAUGACCUGAUUAUAUCAGGAACGUGACUUUUCUCAUUUCCCUUUUUCCAGAUUCUGAAACAAAUAAAAGAGUUCCUUUAUUGGUUGUUUGUAGUUUUUUAAACAGUUUUUGAUUUUUGUUUCUCUAAAAACCAUAUUUUUACUAAUCAAG